GAUUCAUAAUAAUACAAACUGUAGUUAAAGUUGUUUGUAUGAGGAUAAUAUUUAAAUAUGGGUGAUUGUUGUUCGAAAGAAGUAGAUUCUGAUUCAUUUCUGGAUCCUAUGCGGCCAACUAACCAGAAAACUAAUACAUUUUCUGAUAUUCGAGUGGAUUCAAAGACUCGAUACGACGAACUAGCAGUGGAGCUGUUAAAGAGAGAUCUCAGAGAUUUUCCUGAUAUGUUUAUGUUGAAUAAUAUGUUAAUGACAAUCAUGUUUUUUGAAAAUUAUCGAAAGGAUAUACAAAAACUUUCGUUAUCUAGUAAUAACAAAAUAGAAAAAGACAUUAACAAAACAUUGGUUAAGAACGAGAACAUGGAAUGUAUUUGCCCCGAUACGGUAUUUGAAACGGUGAACUCCAAUUUAAAGUACAUGCCCAUGCACGGAAAUAAUAAAUAUCAUUCGCAACCUUUAUUACCACGCAGGCUCUAUGUUGUUACUGAUUGCUUAGAUGUUAUAAGUAGUAUGGAUGUUCCACAAUACACUUCGAUCGAUAAACCUGUUUAUCAAGUUAGAAUAGAGGAAUCUACCAGAAAAGGUUUCGUAAGGCUCAAGCAAUUAGAUCACAGUAAGGUACCAAAAAUAUAUUCAUCGCCCUCGGAACAACCAGGGACAAGUAGUUCCAAUGUUAAUGAGCCUUUCUAUGAAUACGCUACAAUACAGGAUCUGAAAACACCAAAGCGACUAGAAAUAGUGAAAAACUCUGAUCAAAGAGAUAGUUUACCAGCCACGUGUUUUACCACACGAAAAAUUAGGAAGCCAAACCAUGAGCUACUAGAUCUUCAAGAAGAACUUGAAGAAAAUUCGGAGCUCACAGAGGAAGAUUUUUUCGAUAAAGUAAUUUAUGUGGACGCUAAAGGAUUUAUGAAUUAUUUCAAAAAUGUUCUUUUUCCAAAUUCAUUAGGAAGGUCCUUGGGAUUCCAUCAGCAUGAAAUAGAAUUCGCGAAAUCUAUCCCGGGAACAAUAUUUUGUAAUUUAUCCGAUAAAGAAGAUAAUCCCAUACCUUGUGAGGUUAUUCCUUCAGUAGCGAUAGAGUGGCCAACAGAACAAACAUUCGAAUUUCUAAUGCGAGAAGAUAGACCGACAAUUACCGAUACAAAUACGGGAGUACGUUAUAAAUGGCCUACGGAUGAAAUGAUCAAAGAUAUAAGAACACUGAAUUGUGUUCUUGUACCUAAAGGUUAUUGGAAGAAAAAAGGAGAAUACUUAGAUGCUACUUUAGAAUGGGAAAUUGCAUUUCCUAAAGCUGAAAGAUACCUUGAAGCUCGAAUGUCUCAUGCCCAAAUGAGGUGUUUUUUGCUCCUAAUACUUAUUCACAAACAUUAUAUAGAGCCUUUCACUCAACAACAGGGUCUUUUAGUGGAGCACAUUAGAUGUCACAUGUACUGGGAAUGUGAAUCCAAUUACAAAGACUGGCCAGAAUAUCGACUGGGCUCUAAGUUAUUGAAAGUUAUUGAAAACUUGAUUAAACGACUCGCCAAAAGUGAAUUACCCGAUUUUUUUAUUAAACAGAAGAAUCAUUUUAGAAAUAUCCAAAAGAAGUAUUUGCUGUUUGCACAAAAAGUAUUGCAUGAAUUGAUUCAGUCUCCUACAGUUUAUUUGAUUAAAGCUUUGAGAUGUAUACAAUAUUCCAAACGAAAAUUUUAUCGUCCAUACGAUUACAAGGAUCUCUAUAUUAAAAUAACACAAUUACAAGGUUAUAAAUUGGUUAAUCCCAACUUAGAUCGGACAGUCAAUUUCAGAAGAAUAGUUUAUCAAGAUCCCGAGACCCAAUGGCGACAUUUACAAGAAUUGACGAGAAGGAAGCAGUAUUUGGAAACAACCAAAUCAGAGACUGAAGAAUUGGAUACUGCUUCUGUUGAUUCUAUAGAUUUAGAUGUAACUUGGACGAAACAGUUGGAGAUAUUCAAAUCAAAAGCCAUUUUUACUGAAUUCAUAACGGCUUUUAUCAAUAUAGCAAGAGACGGCUUAAGAAUUAGUGGAAACGGACAACAAUCGUUAUUUUAUUUAAAACAAGCCACAUAUUUAACAAACAUCCUUGAAACAAUAGCAGCAGCUUUCAAGCCGGAAGCUCUAGAAUUUAGAGCUCAGAUUACAAUAGAAGAGGAACGAUGCAAGAGAUCAAUGGCUAUGAGGAUAUCAGAUGUGCCUCCAGAAACACCAGUCAGAAACUCGAUUCAGUUUGACGUCCAGACAUCUCAACAACUUAAAAAUAAUGUACUCAAUUUGACUAACUUACAUAAAGCAUAUAAUGAGACUGAAGUGAAAAUUUCGACUUCUUUUAAAACUGUGUCACCAGUAGCAAGAGUAAAAUCUGAUGUGCAGCGACAAAGUAUAGGAACCAUAAAAGCUGUUGCUUUUCAAAGUCCUUGAAAGACAUCAUUUUUAGUGACAGCCAAACAAGCAUUGUGUGAUAAAAUGAAAGAUCACUGCCACCUCAAUUCUUAGAACUACCUUAGUGACAAGUGACAUACUUAUCCUUAAGUUAUAAGAUAGAUGUGUUAAUUAAUUGUUAUGUUUAUUACUGCAACAUAAAAAUUUGACAAUAACAUUUGUCACAUUGAAAUAAAAGGUUAGGAACUAAUAUGUGAAAAAAUAAAAUGUAAAUUAUUUUUAUAAACUAGAAACGCUAAGCACUUCAAUUUUUUAUUGAUAGGAAUCGAAUUAACUUCUAAUUAAUAAAUGUUUUCCUUAAUUCUAUCAGUAAACUUCCGUCCUUUCUAUAUUUGAUUGCUUUUAUAAUCGAUACGUUUGUCUCUCGAUUAUUCUCCUUGGCUCCUGAAGAACUUUAUUAGCUAGAAUACUUCGGAAUAUUCGAAAAUCAAGAUGCUGAGGCAUAGGAAAGAAAAGAAUGUAAAAUCGGAACUUCAUCCGAGGAAAUUUCAAUUAUAAAAAUUGCCAAACUCUAUUUUUUUAAUUUCAAAAUUAUUAAUUGUAAGUAUUAAGGUGCGUUGUACGUUGUUUUUAAAAUCAAAUCUUUUUUGAUGACUUGUUAUGGUUUCAUAAAAUGUAAUUUUAAAUUUGAAGGGAUUCGGUGAUCUGUGUUCAGACAUCCUAUUUCCAAAUAAAUAAAAUACAGGUAAAUAUUUUGAGCUUUUUGUUACGAAUUAUAGCUUUCCUUUUGCAAAUGAUCCGAUUUUUUCCAAAUUGAGCUGAGCAUCAGCUCAUCUAUUCUCACUUUGAUGUGGUGAGUCAAAUGGAAUGAUAAAUUGAGACAUUCAUUCAGUUCAUUGUAUUCUAAUCCACUUCUAAUGCACUUGGCAAUAAAAAAAUAAAAUUAAAAUAAAUUCCAAAAUAAUAACCAUCAUAGUCAUGGUCAUCAAAUCACUAGGCUCUAAUUAAAAAACAAGUAAAUAUAAGUUCUUUCCGUAAAACAAAAGUCGGUGUUGCAUCGGUAAGAUAUAUCUUUAAGCUUCAAUAAGUCUUCUAUGCUCGAAGUUUGAAGUAAAUAACUUUAUCAAAAUGCUAUCCUAGUUAGAGCAUAGAUAUUGAAGCUUAUACGGUAUUAUUUUAAAUGGAGAAUUCUAGUGAUAAUUAUAAAUCUGAAAAUAUAUUGAGGUUAAUAAAUAAUUGAAUUAGUAAAAA